UUGACAAUUUUUGCAAGAUUCGGUCACUGGGUUUCAAAGUAGUAUUGCUUGAAUUCAGUAAUGUGGGUGAUUCACCUUUCCCUGUAGAAUUAAUUCAUUUUUUCAGCUUCUGGAUCAGAUAUUUCACAUUGUAGCGCCACUCGCUGAUAACAAAUCGGACGAAAUGGGCUCCCCCUCCGCCUGCAUCUUUCCCACACACUCAGCGGCACGCUAGUUAACGGCUCUGGCUAGCUAGCGUUAGCAACGCUGCAAACGCCUAAUAUGUGUAGCUAUGGAGAUGCUUUAUUUUGACACACUUCAAAUGUAAACUAAGUUGUCAAUCAUUGGCAUAACGAACAUUGUUCUCCAGGUGAAUCUAAGUGGACAUCAUUAAAGGGGCCCCAUAGCACUUGGAUCUGUUCUUCUCUGUCCCAGGUUCAGACUGCUUGGUCUAUGGCGCUGAUGGACAAACACAAACAGGUCAAGCGGCAGAGACUUGACCGCAUUUGUGAGGGUAUCCGACCCCCCAUCCUGAACGGGCCAAUGCAUCCGCGGCCCCUGGUAGCCCUGCUGGACGGGCGGGACUGCACUGUGGAAAUGCCCAUCCUCAAAGAUGUGGCCACAGUGGCCUUCUGCGAUGCCCAGUCCACACAAGAGAUACAUGAGAAGGUGCUAAAUGAGGCAGUGGCCGCUCUGUUGUACCACACCAUCACUCUAUCCAGAGAUGACUUGGAAAAGUUUAAAGGUCUACGCGUAAUUGUCAGGAUUGGCUCAGGCUUUGACAACGUUGACAUCAAAGCAGCUGCUGAACUAGGCAUUGCUGUUUGUAAUGUGCCAGCAGCCUCGGUGGAGGAGACAGCCGACACUUCGCUAUGUCUGAUCCUCAACCUGUACAGACGAGUCACCUGGAUGCACCAGGCCCUCAGGGAGGGAACCCGUGCCUCUAGUGUGGAGCAGAUCAGGGAGGUGGCAGGCGGUGCUGCUCGUAUCCGGGGCGAGACCCUGGGCAUUAUUGGCCUGGGGCGUGUUGGCCAAGCAGUGGCUCUGCGGGCCAAGGCCUUUGGUUUUGGCGUGAUCUUCUAUGAUCCCUACCUGCCCGAUGGCGUGGAGCGUUCACUAGGCCUGCAGCGCAUGGCCACCCUGCAGGACCUGCUCAUCCACUCGGACUGUGUAUCCCUGCACUGCAGCCUCAACGAGCACAACCACCACCUCAUCAAUGACUUCACCAUCAAACAGAUGCGUCAGGGAGCCUUCCUGGUGAACACAUCGAGAGGGGGUCUGGUUGACGAGAAAGCAUUGGCUCAGGCCCUGAAAGAGGGCCGGAUACGAGGGGCUGCCCUGGACGUCCACGAGACAGAACCAUUCAGUUUUUCAACAGGCCCUCUGAAGGAUGCCCCCAACCUAAUCUGUACCCCGCACACAUCUUGGUACAGUGAGCAGGCCUCUGUGGAGGCUCGCGAGGAGGCAGCCAGGGAGGUUCGGCGUGCCAUCACUGGGCGUAUCCCUGACAGUCUGAAGAACUGUGUGAAUAAGGAAUACCUGAUGGCAGCCUCUCAGUGGCCCAGCAUGGAGGCAGCCACUGUUCACCCAGAACUUAAUGGAGCCACUUACAGAUUUCCUCCAGGCCUGAUCAAUGUUGCAGCAGCAGGGGGUCUCCCAGGAGCUGGCGCAGGGGUUGAAAGCCUGGUUUCAGGAACCCUGGCGCAUGGCAUCGCCCCCGUCUCUCACCCCCCCCAUGCCCCCUCUCCGGGGCAGCCCACUAAGGCUGAAGCCGACAGAGACAUCCCCUCCGACCAAUAGCCCCCCCUGCCGCCGCCAGUACAUUCCGUCACCUCUGGAAACCACCCCCCACCCCCACUUCCCAGCAUCAGACACAGCCCGACCCUCCAGUACAUCGGCAGCACCAGUUUGACCUGACGUGGAUCUACACAGUCUUGUUUCUCAGAUCACAUAACCAGCCCAGGAGUGACCUAUCCACAGCUACCCCACAUCCCACCCACAUCCCUCCAGAACACACACCCAUCCCUCCAUCCAAGUCUGCAUCUCACCCACCCACAUGCCAUCCCCUCCUCCCUUCACUCCCCCACAACGUCAGCAAUAACUCUGUUCUCAAGGAUUCAAUGAUUGGAUUGGUUUAUUUCCUUAGUUGGCCGUUGUUUUAAUGGAAAGUUGAUCUGUUGUGGUUCUAGGUGUUAAUGUUUGUUUGUUUUGUAAAGAAAAAAUAGCAUUUCUGACACGAGGCUUUACAGUCUGCUGCCUCCUGCAGUCCUCCUCUGACUCUGACCAGUAGAGGCACAGAGGCAGAAAGUUUGAAGCCCCCCUUUGUACAUUAAUGGCUCAUGUUACUGCUCUCUUCUUUUUCUUUUCUUUUUUUCUCUCUCUCCCCCUUCACCUUUGUUGUGAUAGGGGAAAGUAAACCAGACAGAAUCACAAACAGUAAAUCCUGUCCUCCCCACCAGGCAUCUAGCUACCCCUCAGUCCAAUUUUGCCCUUCGUCCCCCCACCCCCUGGCACUGUCAUCAGCUUGCUCAGCAGAGGGAUCCUUAAUGCUGUCAGUGUGGAGCUAUUACAGACUGUCAAAAUAUAUUUUAUCUACUCAGCUCACACUUAAGCAACCUUGAUGGAGUGACAGCCAAGAUCUUUUGUCACAUUUUACCGCUGGGAUUGUCCAGAUCGAGUACAGUCAUCCCUGUAUUUACACAUGUUUUGUCCCCCAUGGAUUGUUCUGUCAUGACAUAAUAGCUUAGAGCAUCAUAUCAGAGAGCACCUAGGUGUGAAUUUCUAUCUCAUGCCAGCAGCCAGGGUUCUGCGUGUGAGGUCUCUGCACAUUGGGCCCAUACAGUAUCAAACAGCAGCUUUUUCUUGCUGGAAAAACAGCAGCAUGCCAGGGACCUCGCCAGCAGAGGGCACUGUCUGACCACUCAGAGCUGCAUGCAGCUCAUGUCAGUCAAACAGAUGGACGGUUACAGGUUAGUUUUAGUGAAGAAGAACAUGAUCACACACUGCCGACAUUCAGAACACAGGAUGGGUGACUGGGGAUCGACUACCGCCUUAUUGUUAUUGCCUCACUGUACCCCCCCCACCCCCACCCCACCACCACCACCACCACCAAGCACCCACCCACCCACUCUGCACUCUUCUCCCACUGUCAUAACUGACCCUACACAUCUGCUCAUGAACCAGUGUGCAUCCACAAAUUCCUUGAAGUGUGAGGGGACAGUAGAGAUUAGAUUCCCUGUAGGAGCAAGGGGACAGUGUUCUUGCAUGCUGGCUUUAUUAAUGACAGUGGUGUGUGUGUGUGCGCGCGCACGCGUGUGUGUGUGUGUGUGCGUGUGUGCGUGCGUGCGUGCUUGUGUGUGUGUGUGUGUGUGUGUCCACAUGUGCGUGCAUGCGUGAGUGUAUGUGUGUGUGUUUGUAUGUUCCCUCGCCCUGUUAUGAUAACAAGCUGUUGUCUUUCCAAAGGAAUAGUCCCUAGGAGUAACUCUUUAACGCUGUUGCCCUGGUGUCAAGGGAACACCUUUCUAGUACCUCAGUAACAGAUAUUGAAUGUACCGUGCAUACCCUUUUAUUUUUUGUACAGAUUUUCUAGAUACUUCUUUACUAUUCUUUACCAGAAGGGUUGUGAAAUUGUAGCAGUAAUGAUACAAUAAAAAACAAUUGCCCCAUAAAAUAAAUUGACAAAAUCUUUGUAGGUUCACUAUAGGUCAUUGAAUACUCAGGCUUCAAAACCAGUGUUUAUCUCCUUCCCUUUACCUUUUGAUUUCCUCUUUGUGUAAAAGUCAACACAACGCUUUCCCAUUCUUAGACUUCAGACUGUAGUAGAUGUGUUUUGACCUCCAUCUUACCGGCUAAUGAAAAAUGAGGAAAAAAACAAAAGGCGGUCGUCGUGGUCUGCUAGUUCUCUUUUAUUAGAACAGUAGUAGUAGAUGCUGUUUGGUUUUGUUUUGUUUUUGUUUUUUUUUUUACCCCCCUUCAUUGUCAAGCUGCUCUAUCUAUAGUGCAUGUGAGGUAAUUUUCUAGGGGAAAUACUAUUGGCUUAAAAAAAAAUUGGUGUCAUCUUGCUGUUUCCCUCUGCUCCCCGGCCUUCUCCCCCUCAGAGUGUUUUCAACCCGAGUUGCCAUUUUUGUCGUGGUCAGUUUUCCAGUGAUGUACAGUUUUCCCCUCAGAGUCUAUGAGAGACAUGGAGCAUGUCUGUGUCCUGAGAUGCUAGGCUCCUCUGUCAUGUGAUGAGUAUAUAUUUUUAAAAAAUAACCCCCAUAGUUCGGAUUAUGAGCAUUAUAGUAAUCUUAAAUUUUGCUGUUGAUGAUGAUUAUUAUAUAUUUUUUUUUUUUCAGUUCAGCAGUGCACUGUUAUGAAAACCAUUCUGUUUUUAUUGUAGGAUUUCAUUUUUAUGGAUAUGCUGUCUGUGUUCUACAUGUUGUACUGAAACAUUUCAGAGAAAACAAGAGAUCCCUCUCGUGGUGAUUUUUUUUUUUUUAAUUUGUCUUAUCCCAACUGUCCUUUCCAGCUGAUAUCCUCUGGGCCUUACUAUUUCUCUCCUUGUUAAAGUAGCUGUUAUAGAAAGUCGCCAUGGAACCACUCACUGCCUUAAUACAGUUGACCACAGCAGGUGAAGUCAGGAGACACACCCAGUUGAAAAGAACGGGCCACAGUGGAUGCCGCUCCGCAAAAAGCUCUUCACACCCCAACAGGAGAAAAUCUACAGCACCUUGCAUUUCUUUGAACGACAUUUGCCUUUGUAGACAGUUUUUGGCUCAUUCUGCAAACACAUAAAACCAGUGUGAAUUCUUAUUGUGCAUUAAUGUUAUUUUUUGUUUGUCUUCUAGUUUUUAAUAGUUAAGUUACCCUGGCAGUGUGUAUGUGCGUUGGCUAACAGAUAAGCACAGUGUGUAUGCUCACAAAGCCACAGCUGAUAUUUCACUCUUGGGUGUGAGAAUGCCCCCCCACCCCACCCCACCCCCCCACCACCACUCUGGGGCUCUUAAAGUGUCUUUCACAGUGCUGCCAGAGCCCCAGUGGGGCUGGGAGUGGGAGGGAAUAGCGGACACUGGUGUGGUCUGUCAAAAAAAAAAAAAAAGCAGAAAAUUACGGUGAGAAUUGGUCACUUUUUCUCUCUCAGGGUUCAAAUGCACACAUAUCCUCCAGCAGUCGCCCUCUGUCUUGUGUCCCUCAUCCCGAGUUUUCCGCCCCCAGAAUGUAGAACAGCCUCCUGCGUUUUUAGAAACCGCUCUCCCCUCAUUUCCCCUUUGUGCACAGGUCUGAACUUUUUUUCUUUUUUUCCUGUUUUGCUUUCUUUUGGCACUGACAUCUAACCAUCUAACAAGGAAUGAAUGAAUGAAUGUUUGAAAGUGACUGUGUGUAAUGUUAAAAUUGGGAAAUGUAUUUUUACAACAUGUGAACAUGUUUUUUUUCCACUCACUCUCAUUGUGAAUUGAUUUUUUUUUUCUUUCACCAGACUGCAAAAACAAAAAGAAAAAACAAAAAUGAAAAAAAAAAAAAAUCUCCUGUAACUAGGCUCUUAAGCUUUAUUUUUGUUUUGUUUACUUUUUUAUUAGAAACAAUCAUGUUUGUGAUGGUAACUUCCGAUGGUAAACUCCACACCGUAUUUUAAUAAAAUCUUAAAAAUUAAA